AUGAGAACAAUCAACACCAAGGACUUCAAUGCACUGAGCUUAGCGCAGCCGACUGACUUCAAGUCGAUGCUGUCCUCUGGCACAAUCCUCUGGGGCACGGGCUGUCGAAUCCCACAUGAAGAAGCAGCGCGGAUAGUCGCCUCAACACCAUAUCACUUUUGCUUCAUAGAUGCUGAGCACACACCACUAAACGCGACACUACUUGUGAACUUGAUUCGGACAAUUCAGUACCACUCCAACGGAUCGAUGGUACCUGUGGUUCGCUUCCCCGGCUGCUCACCAGAGCUAGUCCCUUAUGCUCUGAAUGCGGGCGCAGGUGGAAUAAUUAUGCCUCAUGUGCAAAAUGCGAAGCAGGCGGAGGAACUGGUUCGGCUGUGCAGAUUCCCACCCAUGGGCGACCGCAGUUUCCCUCCAGCCGCCUUAAUCAACGAGCAGCAGAACAGAACACCAAAAGGCCAGUCUACCUACGAUGUUUGGAAUAAUCAUGCAGCUGUCAUAUGUCAAAUUGAGGAUCUAGAAGGAUUAGAGAACAUUGAGGACAUCUGCAAAGUUCCUGGUAUUGACGGUCUAUUCAUUGGAACUGGCGAUCUACGGCUAUGUAUGGGACUAGCCACAGGAAGCCUCGACGGCGACGAGCCAGCGUUUGUAUCCGCCCUCGCCAGGAUACGGGAUGCUGCCAAGGCUAACAAUCUCCCCAUGAUGGGAUUUGGCAUUUCGCACUCCACAUUAAAGAGCAGGAUCGCCAUGGGAUGGAAUGCUUUUAUUAUUCAUGGGGACAUUGACGCCAUUACUAAAUCGGCCAUCGAGGCUUUGGACUCAUAUGGUGGUGUUGCCUGUAGUGCUCUCUCGCAAGGUCAUAAAAAUGGUCGUAAGAGGGAAUGGAAUGGUGAUUGA